UUCUCUCUGCAUCGAUAGGACGUUUUCCAUCCCUGUUGGCAAUAACGGGAAUGUAACAUUGAGGUGCGGACUUUGCGUCAUUUAACAUGCGAUUAUUACGGCUUAUGUGAUGCUUACUGGUCUUUAUCUGUCCAGCGUAACUCAACCUAAAGAUAACACAUCGCAAACCCAACGGCCAAAUGUGAUUCUCUACCUCCCACCGGGCCCACUGUUCUCGCAAUACCCCAGCCUAGCAUAUACACAGAACCUCACACCGCAACAUGGGCUUGCUUCUACCACGCUGUCGACGGUAGUCACUGUCAACUACCGCCUGGGUUCAGUUGGCAAGGAAGAGAAGCCCGAGGAACACCAAGAAGAAGCCAUACAGCAUGAGACGCCCAGCGUGGAAUACUUCAAAUACCCCACCCCGAUCCACGACACUCUAGCUGGAUUUGAUUGGAUACUGCAAACCCUGCAGCCAGCUCAUCUGAGUGUUUUGGGCACGCACACCGGUGGUUCUUUGGCUUUGAUGCUAGCACUCACGGAAGCUCAGACCGUUCGUGCCGUGGCUGCGCUGGAACCGAUCUGUGACUGGACUGGGUUGGACGAAUAUUGUACUAUCUCCGCAGAUGGUUCACAGUCUAGCAGUCCUAGCAAUGGCUCCGCAACCACGAAGAAAAAGGCGAAGCGAGUCCAGCCAUCUGUUCGGCCAGACCUAGUCCCUCUUCUCGAGGCACGGGAGAGGUACUUCCACACAGCAGAGCGAUACUUUGAUGCGUUUGCUUCGCCACUCCUCUUCCUUCGGUCUGCGGGAAAAGAUGUCCCCAAGGCCUUUCCGAGAUAUCUCACUGGACCCGAGUACCCUGUUCCCGUCCUGAGGUCAAGGAGCAUGGACGACAUUGGCGGUAUGGAUAUACACAUAUCAGAUGAUGAACCAGAGGACGGCAGCAUUUCCACUUCAGCUUCAGAUCCAGAAACUGACCCCGUCGAAAACUCAAAAGGCACUGUCGUCCGUCGUCGAAAGGCCCUUUCGAGAUGGCCGCCCUACGGACUGGAUUACGGCCUCAGCGGCGCAAACAGCCCAUACCGCGCCAUCGGCCGAUUGGAAAUGACUCUACCAUGGGUCCGUCUAUUCGUCCGUGAUGAGACUCCCGAAUCAUCGCAGCACAAUCAUAGCAAUGGUGCUGGCAACCGCAAACCAGGGAACCAAACAGUGUUAGCACGACAGGCCGAGGAAAUGGUCAAUGUCAUGCGUCGUGCGUGUUUCUGGGGUCGCGAGAAGGGUUAUGGAGAGAGGAAAGUUACUUUGGCUAGGGAUUCGGCUGGGGGUAAAGAUGCAGCGAUGUGGUUGAGGGAUGUUGUAGAGACGGAUUGACUUGGUACUUCGUAGCCGCAGGAUCCAUUGGCC